AUGAACUGGGAUAAACUGGGAGCCGCCGGCGCGGCUUUGCCCCGCCCCUCGCUUCCCAUUGGCCGCUUCCUCCCAUCUCUGCUCUCUCAUUGGCCAACCGCGCUGUCACUCACGAGUCACCGCCCGCCUCUCCGCGCUUUUCCCGCCCUGCGCUCCCAUUGGCCCGCGUUUUUCCCGCCCCGAGCUCCCAUUGGCUGCCGCUCCCAGGUGGGCGUGGCCGGGCGCGGCUCGGCGGGAAGCCCACCUCCCGGGACCCCCAAAUUCCGCCACCCCCCAGGAGCUGGGAGCCCACCCGGGGCUGGCUCGGCUGCUGCAGGAUUUGGGGGGGCUCCUGGGGGGGGAUGGGCUCAGCCCCCCCCUGCAGAAGGAGCUGCGCCAGGCCGAGGAGCUGCUGGCCCAGGCCGGGGGCUGUGGCUGCCCCUGGAGCUGCUCUGGCGCCUUCUGGGGGAGCUGAUCCGGGACCCCCGAGACUUCGACCCCCCCGCUCUGGGGGCGCUGCAGCUGCAGCUGAGCUGGGCCGGGCUGCGCCGGGGACCCCCCGAGACGGGCACGCCCCGCCCCCAGGUGCUGCCCCGGCUGCUCCCGGAGCUGCAGCGGCGCCUGCGGGAAAAGCGGGAAGAGCUCCGGAGUUUCCUGCUGGGACCCCCCAAAAUGCCCCAAAAUCCCCCCAAAAUCCCCCAAAAUCACCCCAAAAUCCCCCAAAUCCACCCCAAAAUCCCCCAAAUCCACCCCAAAACGCCCCAAAUCCACCCCAAAAUGGCCCCGAUUCACCCCGAAACAGCCCAAAAUCCACCCGAAACGGCCCAAAAUCCACCCGAAAUCCCCCAAAUUCCACCCCAAAUCCCCCAAAAUCCACCCAAAAUCCCCCCAAAUCCACCCAAAAUCAGCCCCAAAUUGCCCAAAAUCGCCCCAAUUCUCCCCAAACCCUCCGGGGGCUCCUGGGCUCGGAGCGGCUCCGGGAGCGGCUCCUGCGGGAGGAGCUGGCCAGGAUCGGCCACCAGUACCCCCAGGUGA